UAAAACGACGCGAAAUCAAUUUUUGACAGCAGCAAAGAAAUACAUAAAAUUUUUUCGUUGUGCCGCCGAUUAUUUUUUUCAAUAUUUUCAAUUCUAUUAUAAAAGAUCUUUUAAUAAAAUUCACAAAAUAACAUCCAUAAAACUAUAAUAAUGGCAUUACCAGCAAAUUAUAAACAAAUUGCAAUGAAUUUACCCUCUGGACCGAGUGGAUCAGGUGGCCAUAUGCAGUCGUCUGCCGUUCCUGCAUCGUUCAACAUUCUUAAAGAAAGGUUACGAGCAUCUGGUGGUGGAAGUAGUUCUGAAAGGAACAAAGAUACAACUCCAAUAUUUACACACAGUAAUCAUGGAAAUCCAGCAUUUACACCACAAAAAACUGGAAAAUCUUCAUCGAAAAAUCAAAAUGAAUCUCGUGCUCCAAAACCUCCAAAACCACCAGAGAAGCCAAUUUUACCUUAUAUGCGGUAUUCGAAAAAAGUCUGGGAUACUGUUAAAUCAGCUAAUCCUGAUCUGAAACUAUGGGAACUUGGAAAAAAAAUUGGAACCAUGUGGAAAAAUGCAAACGAUGCGGAAAAACAAGAAUUCAUUGACGAAUAUGAAGCUGAAAAGGUUGAGUAUGAGAAAGCUCUCAAGGCAUACCACAAUUCGCCAGCAUAUUUGGCUUUCAUUGCUGCUAAAAACAAAACUAAACCGGCUAAUCCAGACACUGAUGUCCAUGAAACUCCUUCACGUUCAAGUGGCAAAGGACAACAAGAACGUAGAAUUGAUAUUCAACCAGCUGAAGAUGAAGAUGAUCAAGAUGACGGCUAUUCCUUUAAGCAUGUUGCUUAUGCACGUUUCCUUCGAAAUCAUCGAUUAAUCAAUGAAAUAUUUUCGGAUGCUGUUGUUCCUGAUGUUCGUUCUGUUGUUACAACACAUCGAAUGCAAGUCUUAAAGAAACAAGUUAGUUCACUAACAAUGCAUCAAACCAAACUUGAAGCUGAACUACAACAAAUGGAGGAAAAGUUUGAAACAAAAAAGCGUAAAAUGAUUGAGUCGAGUGAUACUUUUCAAGAAGAAUUAAAAAGGCAUUGCAAACCAGCCGUCGAUGAAGAAACUUUUCAAAAGAUGGUCCAAAAAAUGUAUGAAGAAAUGCGUAAGGAACGUCAAAAAUGUUCCGAAGAUGCACCAAAUAAUAUGUCUCCUAAUCCGAUGCUUAAUAAGCCGCCACAUGUGCGUCCUGAAGAUGCAAAACUAUUUGCUCCACCUCAAAUGAAUAGUCCUGUUCAAAUUCCAACGGUCAAACAAGGUCCAAAUAUCACAGAGAAUAGUAAAAUGGAACCAGAGCCUAUGGAAAUAGAACCUACUUUAAAGCCAUCCGUUCCACCGCCUCCUAAACCAGAAAAAACUAAACCAGUUCCAACACCACCGCCGACCAAAGAACCUGGAUCGGAGAGCCCUAAAAAGGCAGCCAAUCCACGUAAGAAUGAGCCAUGGGAAAGGCCACCCUUAGAAUCGCAACUUUCACCAUCUUCAUCGCAAAUGCCGCCAGCUAUCAAAGAUCCAGUCCCUGUUGAACCAACAGCUGUGCCACCAAAUGUCAGCUUAAAUCCAAGCUUAAAUAUGCGUCCUCCUUCGACGACACCACAACCUCCUCCUCCUGCACCAGUAUCACAGCAAAACUCUCCCAUACCACAUGGUUUACCUCCGCAGCCACAGCAGCAACAGGUACCACCACCACCACAUACUGCCCCACAGUUGGCUGUACCUCCACCACCAAGUACAGAACCUUCGACCGCUCCUCCACCAACUCCACCAACAAGUGUGCAGCAAACUUCGGCAAUUCAAUCCCAUCAUCCACCACCACCCCAGCAUCAUCUGCCACCCCAUAUGGCUGGCCAUCCAUCUUUGCCAGGACACCCGAGUAUGCCUCAAUCUGGCUACGGUGGAUAUGCACCUACUGGCGGACCUCACCGGUCUCCUUACUAUCCGCCACAAUAUGGUGGCCAUCCACCACAAGCUUACGGUCAGUAUCCUCCGUAUCCCUAUCAUCAACAGUACGGACCUCCUCCGCCACCAUCGCAUUACAUGAAUACUCGUCCUCCCCACGGACCACCACUGCAUUAUCAAGAUCAUACAUCUUCUCCGGGGCAACAGCAACAACCUCAUGGUCCACAUGAAAGCCAUCAUCCAGGCUAUAAUCCUGCUCAAUUAGGAGCUACUCCUCCAAUGCAACAAGGUGGUUCUUCAUCUCCAAUGCCAACAGGGGCUCCACCUUCUGAAGGUGGCAAACGCGAAAUGGAUGCUGAUUCUGAUAAAAAGGAUUCUGAGUGAGAAUACAAAUCGAUUUGCAAUUUAGCAGUAAUUUCCCAAAACUUAAACUUAUUUUUUUAUGAUACAACAAAGGUGUUUUUAGAAAUAAUUAACAAGAACAUAAUAUUCUUAUCAAAAUUAAUUAAAAUACUGGCAUGGAAAAACAAAUAUCUUAAAUGUGAAACUCUAACCAAAUCCUAUAGGGUUUGCUGUAUUCUAAUGAAAAUACAUUUGGUAAUGAUAUAAUCAAAAUAGAA